GCGGGGGGCUGGCGGCCGGGGCUCCGCCGCGCCGGAGCAGCGCGUAGCCAUGCUUCGGUAUAGUUGCCCGUAGCUGCUGAGGAAACCUCUCUUCUCCAUGCUAACUGUUGACAUGGAAAACAAGGAAAAUGGUUCUCUGGACGUCAAAAAUUCAGUAGAAAAUGGGAGACCUCCAGAUCCUGCUGACUGGGCUGUUAUAGAUGUUGUGAAUUAUUUCAGGACAGCUGGAUUUGAAGAACAAGCCAGUGCUUUUCAAGAACAGGAAAUUGAUGGCAAAUCAUUACUGUUGAUGACAAGAAAUGAUGUACUGACUGGACUUUCAUUAAAACUGGGGCCUGCGCUGAAAAUCUAUGAAUAUCACGUAAAACCUCUACAGACACAACAUCUAAAGAACAACUCUUUAUAGCGAAUUGUCUAAUUGGGGUCAUGUUGUGCCUCAAACAGUAAAUAAGCAAUUUGGUUUCAUGUGAUGGAACUUUGUAAAGAGAGAAUAUAUUAAGAAUUUAAACCAAAUUUAGAUAUUUAUCCUAUUGGAUAGAGUUGGCAAUAUAAUGUAUACUGAGUCUGAAUUGAGAGAGGUGGUGUGUAUUUUUCACAUAGUGCAUAAUGAUUUUCUCUUUUAGGGUUUGUCAGUGAGCAUGUUGAAAUAGCUACAUCACUGUAUCCAGAACAAAAGGGAGGUAUGUCAUUCUCAUUUUUGAGCCAGCGUGUUCUUAAUAUCAUUAUUUAAAUACCAAAAAAUCAAACAAACAGAAGAAAAAUAAAAGAAAGUUUAUGUGCAUCUUUGGGAGAGAUAAACUGUUGGAAGUAUCUUCUGGUGUACAAUAAAGACCUACUGAAACUAUUACUACUUGUAAUUCUGGGAUGGGACUGACAUUUGCCAACUCACCCUUUUUUGCAGAGGGUCCUAUUUUGACCUUAUUAAGGUUUAUUUGUGGUAUGCCGCAAUGUUUAAAGCUGUACAUAAAACUAACAUAACCCCUUCGAUAGCAGAAGGUGUCGCUGACAGGUGAAACUGGGUUGUGUAUUUUUUGCUGUCCUCUAAAUUUUCAGCUUGUUUUCACCUGUUUUUAACGGUAGCUCUAUGUAAAGUAUGGUUGGUUUUUAAAGUUUGUGUUGCUUUGCAAACAAAAGAAAUAGAUCGUUCUUUUAUAAUUUAUGAUAACUUGUUUUCUAACAUUAUGCAGAAAUUUGUUAAACAAACCUGCACAUUUUUAAUAUUGUCUGUCAUUGGUGUUGUAAUGGUUUAUUUUUUUUAAUGCUUUACUUAACAGUUUGAAUACUUGUUUUAAAAACUAAAAGAAGCUGUCUUGUCACCAUACAUCUCUGUUAAAAGAGAGAGUCUUGUUCAAUCUGUUUGUACCAGUUCCCUCCUUGAUAGGUUGCUUGCUAUAACCCAAUAAAGCAUUGCUUAUGUUUGAACUCAGUUUACUUUAUAGAUCUUUUCACUUUCUGUUUCUUUAUUAUGUUAUAUUGGAUUUCCUGAUUUUUUUUUUAUUUUUUUUUUUUUCCUACUUCUCCAUUAAAACAGUACCAAAACCUUCUGCA